CCUGAGUGUUCUUUCCAAAAAUAAGUGAUCGAGGGAUGCGCUUCUGUGUCCUAAACCACUUCGUUAUUGUUUAAAGUUUUAUAACAUUCAAGAACUUGAGUUGGGGACAUCUCGUCCGGGUCGACUUUGAGCCGCCCUGCUCCGCCAUGCCGGCCCGCGUUCCCGCUGCGCUGCUGCUCUUGAUGCUCCGGGCGGUCCUGCUCAGCGGGGGGGAGCCCGCCGCCCCCGCGCCCUCGUCCCGCCGGGAGAUCCGCAUGGAGGGGGACCUGGUGCUGGGGGGCCUGUUCCCGGUGCACGAGAAGGGGGCGGGGCUGGAGGAGUGCGGCCGGGUCAACGAGGACCGGGGCAUCCAGCGGCUGGAGGCCAUGCUGUUCGCCAUCGACCGCAUCAACAGCGACCUCAUGCUGCUGCCGGGCGUGUCCCUGGGGGUGCACAUCCUGGACACCUGCUCCAGGGACACCUACGCUCUGGAGCAGUUUGUGAGGGCGCCCCUGACCAGGUUGGAAGACACAGAGUUCAUCUGUCCGGACGGCUCCUGUGGCCGGCAGGACGACAACCCCCUGGCCAUCGCCGCAGUCAUAAGGGGCCACGAGAGCGUGUCCAUACAGAUCCCCCAGAUCAGCUACGCCUCCACCAGCGCCAAGCUCAGCGACAAGUCGCGCUACGACUACUUUGCCCGCACCGUGCCCCCAGACUUCUACCAGGCCAAGGCCAUGGCCGAGAUCCUGCGCACCUUCAACUGGACCUACGUGUCCACCGUGGCGUCGGAGGGCGACUACGGCGAGAAGGGCAUCGAGGCCUUUGAGCAGGAGGCGCGGAUGAGGAACAUCUGCAUCGCCACCUCCGAGAAGGUGGGACGCUCCAACGCCAAGAAGUCCUACGAGGCGGUGAUCCGCCAGCUCCUGCAGAAGCCCAACGCCCGCGUGGCCGUUCUGUUCCUCCGCAGCGACGACGCCCGCGAGCUCCUGUCGGCGGCCGCCAGACUCAACACCUCCUUCAUCUGGGUGGCCAGUGACGGCUGGGGCGCGCAAGAGAGCAUCGUCAAGGGCAACGAGCCGACCGCCGAAGGCGCCAUCACCCUGGAGCUCUCGGCCAAUCCGGUGCCCGAAUUCAACCGCUACUUCCUCGGUUUGGAUCCCGGGGUAAACCGUCGAAAUCCCUGGUACAGGGAAUUCUGGGAGCAGAGGUUCCAGUGCUCGUUGGGAGUAGGAGGUGGAGGAGGAGGAGGAGGAGGGCCGGGGUCCGUGGGGUCCGACCCCGAGACGCGGAGACACCUCCCGCCCUGCGACCCCCACCUGUCCAUGGACCGCAGCGGCUUCGAACCGGAGUCCAAGAUCAUGUUUGUGGUGAACGCGGUGUACGCCAUGGCCCACGCCCUGCACCGGAUGCAGCAGAGCCUGUGCUCCAACACCACCCAGCUCUGCGACGCCAUGAAGUCCCUGGACGGCCGCAGACUCUACCGGGAGUUCAUCCUCAACGUGAGCUUCACAGCCCAGGGUGACGGUUUGGGCCGGUACAACAUCUUCAGCUACCAGCGCUCCGGCGAUCGCUACGGUUACGUGCCGGUGGGGGAAUGGGCGGAGACCCUGAGCCUGAACAGCGACCUCAUCCACUGGCCCCGGGACACCGUGCCCCCGUCCCAGUGCAGCGACCCGUGCGCCCGCAACGAGAUGAAGAAGAUGCAGGUGAGUACUGCUGCUGGAUCUGCACCGCCUGCGAACCUCACGAGUACCUGGCCGACGAGUUCACCUGCGCCCCGUGCUCACCCGGCCAGUGGCCCACCGACGACCUCACUUCCUGCUGCGACCUCCCCGAGGCUACCUGAGCCCGAACAACGACCUCAUCCACUGGUCCCGGGACACCGUGCCCCGUGCGCCUGCAACGAGAUGAAGAUCCACCCAUCACUGCAUCCACCCAUCACUGCAUCCACCCAUCACUGCAUCCACCCAUCACUGCAUCCACCCAUUAAGCCGUUCGUCCAUUCGUUCCUUCUUUCAUCCAUUUAUCCAUUCAUUACCUGUUUAAAAUGUUGUAAGAGUGCUAAGCAUGGAAGCGGCCUGGCGUUAUUAGCUAUGCUCUUAGUUCUGUCUCUUACCCCCUUCUGUUCUUAAGGAUUUGAUCAAGGGGGCAACUGAGUGAUUGGUCUUGGCACCAAAUGGCCCUUCUCUCAUCUUUUGGUCCAUCAACAGAUCCCCCACAGACCAACUGGUUUCGGGGCUGUCUCGCCCAGCUUUCACACUGUCGCGAUUUCGACCGGGCCAGGCCAACGAGAGCUUCUGAGGGACCAAACUUAAAGGGCUCUAGCCAAGUCAUUAAACACAAACAACACAAAACAGUAUAACAUAUAUUGACCUCAAAACGGUCCCUCUGCUCAGUCGGAGUCAUACAGGUAGCCUAACCUUCCACAAAUGCUUGCUAUGCAUGGUGUGUAUAUAGGCCAGCUUCAGCUAGCUUCAACUAACCGCCCACACUGCAAUGCCAUCCAUAUACACAGUACAAUAUACUGCUUCCGCAGCCAGAGAAUAAACUGUCAACCUAUGUGAUGGGGUACAUGCAGCAACAACAUAAUUCAUAUUUUUUUACUGACGCACCAAUAAACAUGCUGGUCAUUGAGCAACACUGCUUAUACAUAUUAUGUAUGAAACCAAAUGGCUCAAUCUGUCACGUGUCACACAUGAGGCCUUCAUAAAUCCCCCCCCCGUGGGUGUGUUGUCGCUUAACAAGAGUGGUACGUAUCCUUCCUCCGGUGGUCUAUAGUGCAUACAGGUAAUGCUGGAUAAACAGGAUAAAGAAUGUCAUUUGGACUUAUUUAGAAUUGUGUGGCGCCUUAAAUUCAAUAAACCUUCCUCCUGCAAUCUA